AAUGACGCGCGACCAUUGCGAUAUCGACAUGUGGGAAUUUCAAACCAAAAUAUUUACGUUUGCAAGCCAACUUAUAUCGACUGACUGCGAUAUUCUUACACAUUUACAGUGCUCAAAGCAACAGCUCAUGUGAUCAAUAAGUGGCAAACGAAGACACGCCUAACUAACGGCUGAACAGACAUGGACGAGGUGCUAUCUUCAGUGAAGGAACUUUCUAUUUCAGAUUUGAGAGACAAGUUGACAUCGUAUGGUCAGUCGGUUGGUCCGAUCACUUCUACAACAAAAUCCCUUUUUCAGAAAAAGUUAGCAAAGUAUGUAUACACUGAUAGGUAUGGGGACAAACCCCCAGAAACGACGGAGCCGAAACAAGCGGGUGAUCACACGGAUACGAAAACGCCAGUGGAAAGCAAAUCGACUGAAAAUGUUCUACGUGCUCAGGAUUCUAAAGCAGGCGACGCCGAUAGCAAUCGGUCAGUUUUCUAUGCAGUGUCUCUCGACUCAGGUGACAAGAACACCGAGGGGGAGAAUGUGUACACAGACAAGAUGGCUGCCUUUUCUGUUAUGAAAAAGCAUCCUGGCUCAAGAUUCAAGGUGUUUCGCAACAAAGCAGAGGCUGUGGAGUAUGCCCGGAACCCUAGUUAUUCUUCUCCUAUUGUUUCAAAGCCAAGCAAUGGAAACUUAGAGCAUACCACAACUGGGGUCACAUCUGAAAAGAGCAACUUCAAGGGUCCAAAGACUCAGGACUUGACAGAAUUACGGAGGACAAUUGAGAGAGGGGACAAGAACCAGUUCCUAUCCAUGGUGUGGAGUAACCCUCGGUACCUCGUCAGUAGCGGCGAUACCCCCGUCAUUCUUCAUGAAGGUCUCCGCUACAAUGCUCUCCAUGUGGCAGCUCACAAGAACAAGCCCGACAUGGCCAAGCUGGUCCUCGAGACUCUGCUAGACCAGGAAUUCACCAAACAGCUGUACGCAGGAACCAACGACAAUGCUGACACACAGACACGCCGGAUCGACUUCUUGGUCGAUCUGUACCUCAACACACCAGAAAAAGGGAGUGGAGAGUCACCCUUACACUUCGCCAGCAAGUAUGGUUUCCCGGAUGUGAUCGAGGUCAUCCUGGGGUACCCAGGUCUCGACAGACAUCUGAGGAACAAAUAUGGGGAGACUCCAGAAGAGGUUGUAUGCAGUAGAUGUCAAAAUUCAACCCCAGAGCUCAAAAACAGGAUUAUGGAGUUACUGAAAGGGUUGUGCUAUGUGCCAUUGCUUCGGUCAGAAGACAACACAACAGUGCCUGUGAUUGGUCAGCCAUGGUCACCUGACCACUCAUCAGACCUGACCAGGUCGCAGGUGAAGAAGAGUCCAAAGGACCCUACCCUCGCAGUGAGAGCCCGAGCCGGUCCCAUGUCUCCAUCUCAGGCCAAGCUGUUUUACAGGCAGUGGGUGGCGCCCCCUACCAACAGUCCUUUCGGAGACAAGAGAAUGGUCACCAAGAUCAGGCGGCAAGAUGGAGAGAAGGGAAUGGAACGGAUCGGAAGACAACUGGCCCAUGAGAUGCACAUCCCAUGGUUAGAGUACUGGGAAUUCCUGGAUGAAUUCGUUGACUUCUCCACAGAAGAAGGCCUUCAAAAACUGGAAGAUCAUUUCAAGAAACGACAGACAUCGGUGGUCUUCUCUGAAUGUCUGGAUAACUUUGGCCCCCUGAACAUGUCGGAUAGCUCCUCUGUGUUCUGUAACACCUCACAGAGGGAUCUACAGUCCAGUUUCUUAGAUCCAAAGUCCAGGCUUCUGAUCCAGCCAAGUUCCUUGUCCUCUAUGAGCAAUAAUCAAGAAAAUACAGACCCAGAGGAACUGGAUGAGAACCUGCCCCGAACUGAAGAAGGUUCUGAAGGGUCUGGAUCCAUUUGUGAUAACAAUAACAAACCUAAAGGGUGCACUACAGACUCUGAGAAAGACACAGGAGAGACACCGGGGAAAAGGGAUGUGUGGUCAUAUAGGGAGCCCUCAGAGGGGACAGGACAAGAGCAGGAAUCUCCAGAAAAGAAGACCGAUGUAGUCUUACCUGAAAAAGCAGGUACAAGUAAGAAUGUUCUGAAUUCGAGUCAAGUCUCAAGAAGCGUUAGAUUUGGUAAGAAGGAGGAAGAAAAGAAGUCGGAUCCAUGGGCAUACCGACAGGGACUUGAAAUCACAAACACGGACAGAUCUUCACCUUCAAAGAAUGAACAAUAUCCGAGCCCAUCAAGACUGGACUCUGAGGGCAGUACAAGCUUUGAUGAGAGUGUUGUGGCAACAUUUUCCGGCAUGAAGUUGUCAAGUGGUGAUGAGGAAUUUCACACACCAGAGUCCCAACCGAGGUCUGACAGUGAGUCUUUCAGAACACCAAACCAACUAGAAGUGUCUUUCAAUACAGCCGUCACGAAUCUCUGUGAUGAUUUGAAAAGGAAACUGGUUUUCACACCAGAGCAGCAGUCAGCUCUGUCGGUCGGAAGGAUGGUUGGGUGUCCCUAUGGUAAAAUAUCAGUCCCUUUGGGCAAUUCACACCAUGCAAAUGAUGCCUUCCGUAUCCUCUCGAAUACCAAGAUGCUGGACCUGGAUGAAGAUGAGGAAUCAGCAGAUCAACCUGCUCCGGUGUUGGUUGGCCUUGACGCUAGAUCGGCAGGGUCGGACCCGUCUUGCGUGGUUGCAAAUGUUUGGGUCCUUAAUGACUCCUUACAUACAUCAAGUGUAAAUAAUGUUUUCCCGGACACCAAGGUCUUGCUAGAAGAUUCUAAGAUGAGGAAUCAACUUCUAAACAUCGAAGGUCCAAAACUGAUGACUAUAGACAUUUCCUGUGAUGAGAAAUAUACCACGAGACAACGAACUGUGCCAGUACAAGCCCUGUUUUUCCAGGCCAAGAUGACACUGAUGGAUGUGUAUAUUCAUGGGCUGAAGCAUGCCAAGACAGACCUGGACGUCCUGCGAGCGGUCGACCGGUCAAGUUUGAACAGCAGCAAGUUCCCACUGAUUCAGAGAUGGUUGCAGAGAGUGUCUUCACUGGCUGACGACAACAAGCAGAGCUGGCCCAGUCCUGCCCGCCUGCGUCGAGAGGCGCUGGAGCAGGGUACUACGUCACCUCGCGGGGGCGGUCAUCUUACUCCACUGGUGUCCAGCAGCCCUUUCAGCCCACAGAGGCCAAGGCCGUUCAUGUCCUCCCCCCUCAUCGGCAACUGGGCACCCAGGGCCGCCCUGUUUCAGUCGUCACCGAUGGUUCAGCCGUUGUCUAAGCCAGUAGAAAAGUUUAAGCCGGACUUGGACUUGUCAGCAAAGGAGGAGAAAGAUUCUUCCCAUUAAUGAAAACUUUGUACAUUUGUGUAUAAGAUUGUCAUUAAACUAUGUAGUUUAUUACUUGUUA